UAAAUAAAAGGUAGUGCUACCUGUAUGUACGAAGUACGAAUGUCGUGAUAGUUCAAAAUCUUCUAUUUUUACUAUAAAAUAUUAGAAUUAUCUUUGGUCUUAGUAUUUUGUUUAUUCAAUUAAAAGGAACAGUUAUGUUCUAGUAUAAUUUUAAGUACAUAUAAAAAUCAAAAUAUGAUGUGACGAAACUUCAAUAAUAUAGUUUGACGUUGAAUGUUUGAGAGACGCUCCGUUUUUUUUUGUUUUUUUUUGUUGUUGUUGAUAAUGUGAAAUGAAAUUGUUCGUGAUAUGGUAUGGAUAGUUACUUGCGUUUCAUUCACAAAGCAAUGACAUAGUUUGAGGUAGACGUAUAACGUCGAUGUUGAUCAUUUAUCACUUUUAGUGUACCUGUGCAGGGUCACUAUAUUUAAAAACAAAAACAACCAACGUCAACUGAAAUUGAAUCCAAGUUUGAAGUUGUGCUUUAGUUAAGAAGCCAUACGGUAAUAGUCACUAAUACACAGGAUUAGAAGACAAGUUCUUUGAAGUAGUUCUAGUACAGAAAUGAUAUUGUGAUAAUAAAUACGAUGUAUAAAUUGGUGAAAGUGCUAGAACUUUGAUAUAUAUUAUCAAUAGAGUAGAAAGUCACAAGUGCCUUGAUUGUAAAUUGUAUAACUACAAGUCAACAUUAACUGGAAUCAUCAAGUUCUCUCGUAUAAACAAUAUAUAGUGUAUAAAAUUGAAGCACUAUUCAGAUUAAUAUGUUUGGGAAUCUGUUUGAAGAGGAAAACAGACACUUUACAAAGGGAGACUCAAAAGUAGCCUGCUUGGGUAUAUUAAAACCAGUGCCACCUCGUCCUCCUUGUGGAUUGUGUGGAAUUGAAAACCAAGGAGCUACUUGUUAUUUGAAUUCUUUACUUCAGACUCUCUUAUUUACACCAGAGUUUCGAGAAGGACUUUUUCAGGUUGAUGAAGAUGAAUUAGGAAACCUGGACAGUCAUAAACAAGGAAAUUGUAAAGCACGAAUUAUUCCUCUUCAGCUUCAAAGGCUGUUUUCUCGCCUUUUACUAAGCAAUAGUUUAGUAACAUCAACAACUGAACUGACAGAUAGUUUUGGAUGGGCUAAAAAUGAGGAACUUCAACAACAUGAUGUUCAAGAAUUAAACAGGAUCUUGUUUUGUGCAAUAGAAAACUCAUUAUUUGGAACUUCAGGGAAUCACUUGAUCUCACAACUGUAUCAUGGAUCAACUGUUAAUCAGAUAACUUGUCAGCUUUGUGGAAAAGUUAGUGAGAGAGAGGAAGACUUUCUGGACUUGAAUGUGAUUGUUACAGGAUACUCAAGUCUACAAGAUAGCUUGAACAACACUUAUCUUCAUAGAGAACUAAUGAAAGGAAAAAAUCAGUAUUAUUGUAGCAGCUGUAACCAGUUAGUGGAUGCUAAGAAGGGUGCCAGGAUACUCAAACUUCCACAGAUCCUGAGUUUUUCCUUAUUGAGAUUCAAUUAUGACUUUUCAAAAGGAGAAAGAAUAAAGGAAACAGGAACAUUUUCAUUUCCUUUAGAAAUUGACAUGGCACCUUAUUGUGAAAAGAGUCGGAAGACUGAUGAUAAUGCAUCUACACACUAUGAACUUUUUUCAGUUUUAAUACACAGUGGCAGCUCACAUGGUGGUCAUUACCAUGCCUACAUUCGUGAUGUGGAUUGUCUGGGAAAAUGGAUGCCUCCUGAAGAAGAACCUAUACAGUUAUCCAGAAGAGGUAAACACACAGAAAACAAGUGGGAUUUGGUGCAGUUUGAAAAUCCAGUAGAUUUGGUGAAGGGUCUUUUAAUCCAGCAGUCUGACCGGUGUCUUCUUAUAGAUACCUUAUGUUCUGAGCUGGUGAAGCAGAGCGGUGUUUCGUGGAAUAAAAGGUUUAAAAGACAGUAUGGUCCCAUUAGCAAGUUUCUGUUGAAGCAUAAUGACGUUUUUUUCCUGAACCAGUCAACUAACAUUGUAUAUUUGAAGGAUGGGAUCUCACUUGAUUCAAAACAGUUAUCCACAGUUCCAGAGAAGGCAGCUCAAUCAGGUUCAGGAAAUACAUUUCAACUAGAUCAAUUUAAUUCUCCUACUCAUGCCUGCUACAGCCAAGUGGGUUGUUUUAGUAAUAUCCAGAAAAAGAAGAACAUGAACCAAAAGUUUGGCCAUAACUGGUUCGACUUUAAUGACUCUAGAGUGUCUCCAAUUUAUGUCAGAGACAUUGAAAAGCAGUUUAGUGGAAGAGAGAGUGCAUACAUGCUGUUUUACAGAAGAAAGUCUUUACAAAGGCCUUUAGAAGGAAGAGGAAAUCCAAGUUAUUUAAUACCCCAAAAACUGAUUGAUCUUGUAAAACAAGAAAAUGAAGAACUGCAGAAACAACGAGAGGCUUAUGAAGUGGCAUUAAAUACUAUUACAGUGCAGAUUCACUUCAGUGUUAAUCAUCAGUACCACCAGGGGGCUCUUCACCCAUUGAAAGAUGCUCUCAGUGUUGUAGAUCUUAAGAUUGACUACAGAAAGACACUGACUUGUCUUCGGUCUGCAAUAAUGGAGUUAAGCCAGGAACUGUGUCCAUCUUCUAAUUUCAUCAUUCAUGUAGCUCAGGAUCUUCCUGCUGGACUACACUUAUAUGAGGAACUGACAUUUGCCCAAGAUACAUCUGUACUCAAAGAUCUAGGAAUACUAACAGGAACGAAGCUUUUUGUGUGGGAUGGAAAACAAGUAAAUGGAGAAAUUCCAUUAAUCGGCAGCUUUCAUGAACCAAUUUUGUUAAAUGUAACAUGUGUGCAACCUGAUGGAAUGUCACAGGAGAUAACUAGAGGUUUUCCAAAAAGUUUGACUGUUGGUGAGCUAAGAGUAAUUCUAACAGAGUUGACUCAAGUACAACUAGAAAAUCUCCAUCUUUCUAAAAUACAGCUAGAAGCUGACGAGAACAAAGAAGUGUUACUUGGCACAGAACAUGAUGGUAAAACUUUAACAGAGAUGGGACUACUGGAUGGAGACUGUCUGUAUGCUUUCAAUGAACUGAAUAGGGAUGUCAAAAUAGACAAGCAGAAUUGUUCAGUGCACAUAAAAGUUUUCAUUCAAAAUAGAUGUGAGGUAAGUUAUUUUAGGAGAAAACAUAUUACAGAAUGCAAAAGAACUAGACUUCAUUGCCCAAAAAUGUUACAGUAAUAGU